AGCAGUUACGUGCAUUCAACAUGGAGGACAUAGUACGGUCGAGAUGAAAAUAAGAUUUUGAAAUAAUAUUUAUUCAACUAGAUCGAGAUGGGUAACAAUGCUUCCCAACUAGAAAAAGAGAUAGGCUCAGAGCAACUUCCUGCAAAUGAACAUUAUUUUGGGCUUGUUAAUUUUGGGAACACUUGUUAUUGUAACUCAGUUCUACAAGCCUUGUAUUUCUGCCGACCAUUCCGAGAGAGAGUUCUUCAGUUCAAACAGCACCAGAAAAAUAACAAAAAGGAAUCUCUACUGACCUGCUUAGCAGAUCUCUUUUACAGUAUAGCUACACAGAAGAAAAAAGUGGGUACAAUUGCUCCAAAGAAGUUCAUCACUCGACUAAGAAAAGAGUAUGAGCUCUUUGACAACUUUAUGCAGCAGGAUGCUCACGAGUUUUUGAACUACUUGUUAAACAGAGUCUCUGAGCUUCUUCAAGCAGAAAAACAAGGAAAUAAAGGCAAAACUAAUGGGGCUGAAAACCAGAGUAAGACUGAACCAACGUGGGUUGAAGAGUUAUUCCAGGGCACAUUUACAAAUGAAACACGGUGUCUCAAUUGUGAAACAGUGAGCAGUAAGGAUGAGGAUUUUUUGGAUCUAUCUGUGGAUGUUGAACAGAAUACCAGUAUAACCCAUUGUCUGAGAGGUUUCAGCAGCAUGGAGACUCUAAGUGCUGAGCACAAGUAUUACUGUGAAGUGUGCUGUAGCAAGCAAGAGGCACAGAAAAGAAUGAGAGUGAAGAAACUUCCACAGAUUUUAGCCCUGCAUUUAAAAAGAUUUAAAUAUAUGGAACAGAUGAAUAGAUUUACGAAGCUCUCCUACCGAGUUGUCUUUCCUCUUGAACUUCGACUGUUCAAUACAUCUGACGAUGCCUGUAAUCCAGACAGAAUGUAUGACCUUGUUGCCGUGGUGAUACACAUAGGAAGUAGUCUCAAUCGUGGUCAUUAUAUCAGUAUCGUCAAAAGUGACGGAUUCUGGUUGCUGUUUGAUGAUGAUAUAGUGGAUAAAAUAGAUUCCAGUACAAUAGAAGAUUUCUAUGGAAUCCCAUCAGACUUGCAGAAGAAUUCAGAGACAGGCUACAUAUUGUUUUAUCAGUCAAGAGAGUAGACAGCACUGAUAUCUGUAGCACCUGAUCACACCAGGCCAUGCUCCACUGUUAAUCAGCUGUUUAUUCUUUGUAAACUACAAGGAGGAUUUUGUCAAGAGAAAUUAUUUUGUUAUGUGUGAAUAAGUGACCAGCGGUAUUUAUUGUUGUGACUUUUUCUGUCUGGUGGAUGUGCUUUAACGGGUCACAUUGUUACAAAAAAUUUUGUUCAUUUUUUGAAGUGUGAUAUUGUUGUAUUCACAGUCAGUUAUCAAUGGUAUUCCAACAGAAAGGGUAUACCACAGCGUUUUGAAUGGUAUUCCAUCAUAAAGGAUAUGCUAUAUUAAAUGUGUAUGGUGUGAUAUUUAAUAAUUGCUUUAAUUGACCUUUUAUUUAAAUGAGAAUGCAAAGAUGAGAAUGUAGAAAUACAUGUAUUAACAGUAAUUUAAAACGUCAUUAUUUCUCUUUGCUAUCAUGAUAUUGUUUCAAAUUAGUCACAGGUAUUGUAAAUGAUUGAUUGACAAUGUGAUGAUAAUUUCUGAAUGGGAAAGUUAGAUGGUGGUGAAAUUUACUCUAAUAGUGCAAUGAUAGCAUUUAACAGCUGUUUUAUUAUGUUAUUUUAAAUCAUUCCUCACAUUACCAUGCAAAUGUUUUAUACAUGUACAUUUAUUCUUAAAAUAAUUCUUUUAUUCUGAAUAAGAACUGAUUUAUAUUAAAACAUUUUUUUGAGGAUUGUUUACUGCAUUUUUUUUCUUUUUGAAAUACACCUGUAAACAAGCCUUAAUAAUAGAUGAAGAAAUAAGUAUUUACAAAGGUUUCAUUAUUUUUGCUUCGACCUCAAUGUUGCUACAUUUGACAUAGGUUCAGUUCUACAAGUAAUCAUUUCAAAUGAGUAAGUAAAAAAGAUUUGUCAUAAUUUUCCUGGACAUUCAGUGCUAUUAAUUAAGUAUGGUAUUUAGAGAUUAUUUUAUUUAACAUACAGUAUCUAAGAAUUUUUAAAGUGUACAUUUACUUGAUACAGAAAUAAGAACAAGCUGCAAAUCUACAUAGAGACUGUUAGGUAACUUAACAGAUGUACCUUCAGAUAAGAGGUGUAUGAACUGGAAAUUUGUUAGUAUUUAAACUAUGAAAUAAUUUAGGUACCUUAAGACUUGAAAUGGUGUUGUAGCUAAAGUUAAAGGUACAAGUAUUAGUACAAACACUACAUAAAGCUUGUAAAACAUUUACAUGUAAGUGAAUAUAAGUCGAUCCCUGAAGUGAGCUGCUUGAUUGUAAUGCUGCAUCACCAACUGCUUCUUUGUCUAUGGGAAUUUAAAAUCCUUUGUGUUAAUCAUGUGUUGAUUUUAUCAAAGUGUUUUUGUCAUUCCUGAGGGAAGCAUCUGGCCCUUCUCCUUAGAUACAUGUAUAUACAUUAUGUAGAUAGUUAUUGUAAGAUAAUGUUGUGUCAGGUGUAUCUGGCACAGUAACAGCGAUGUGGGUCAGUCUUAUUUCCACUUUCACUACUGAUUUUUAACCAAUCUAAGGUAACAGGUUUACUUAAGUGGCUUAGUCCUCAAAGUAAGUUUUUCUUUCCCAGUAUAAAAUUUCGCAUAAAGGAAUGUCUGUACAUUUAAUCUGUUCUAUUCUUUUCUUAUUAUAUUAAUUCUAUAUUCAAAAUACAUGUAAUCUAAUGAUUCAUUUUUUUAAGUAAAUCUAAUUAGAAAGAAGUUUCAUAAUUCAUUGCAUGUAUUAUAGCAUUUUCUCUAUUUUUGCUUCUUCCAGUGUUAAUGAUACUUUAGUAUCCUCCAAGUGAUGUUAAUGAUAAUUUAAUUAGUAUCCUCCAAGUGAUACGAAAACUUAGAUCAAGUGCUCUGUAUAGCCAGAUUUUGUAUUCCAUGUUUGGUUUUGCUGAGGAAAAUUUCAUCAUUGUGAAGGGUAACAAAAAACUAUGUGAAAAGUAUUGCAUCAAUUGAUAUCUUUACAUGUAUAUGUUGUGGUCCCGACAAUGCUUAUUUUACUGUCAAGUUAAAUGUGAUACUGUCCAUUUUGUGAUAUUACAUCGGACAUCCUGUUCUUACAUUGUACAUAACACUGUGGAAUAUUCCAUCUAUGUUGUACAAAUGUAGAUAAUUUCUGUGUACAGACAUGAGAUGUAUAUUUGAUAACCAAGAUAAAAAUAUGUUUUAAAAUUA